AUGUCAAGCGAAAGGAAAAGUCAAGACACAGUCAUAAAUCGUUAUCUCUCUCGAGUUCCACCCCAAAACAACGACAUCAUGGAAUUCAUUGAGGCUCGUCGUAAAGCUAACGUGUGUGAGAUCAAUACUCAGUUUACUAAAAUCAAUAACACACUAGACAUUAAAAAGAAACUUGGUGAUGAACUAAGCCAUUUGCACAAAGAGUUUGAGGCUCAAUUUUGGUGGACUUGUUCAAUUGAUAAGAUGAAUUGGGCUCAACUUGAAAUGUUAAAGAAGGCUUUGGAGGAGCUUAGGAACCUUGUUGCACAACAUGAUAUUAACCUUGUAAUUCAGGAUACUCAUACUCAAACUCUUCCAUUUUGUGUUGAAAGUGUUUCACCAUCUAACAUCCUUUUCCAACACCAAUUAAUUCCUCAACAAGGUCAAAUGUUUCCACCACAAUUUUAUCAGAAACAUUUUUUGUAUCCUUAA